UUCAAGUCAUUCACAGUUGAGCAGAGUUACUCUAACAUGUCUGUGCCGUUGUUCAAUCGAUUCUGACAGAGAAAAGAAUGAAGAGAAAAUAUUUACUUAGUUGUCACUAAAUGUAGUGGAAAUAGUGUAAUAUUUAAUACGCCGUUGAAGACUUGAAGGAUAUUGAAAGUCAUUUAGGAGCUAUCACAAACUCGUUUCUCAGAUGAUAUUGUAAUGUCAUCGGCAUUUGUUCCAAUGGCAUUAUAUGAAAAGUUAUUUUAAUUUCAUUGCAGAAUUGAGCUCGUGCUACAAUACUACAGUUUGAAGAAUUCGGCCACCACAAAUGCUCAUUCAUAAAAAGCGGGACACGUUGUCUAUUUAUUCCCGCCAUACAGGAGAUUUAUGAACACGGACAGGCCGUUCUACCUGAAAAGAAAAGGAAAAGAAAAACAAUAUAGCAGAUUUCGCUAUGGCGAAUCAAUUGCACUGCUUCAUUUUGGUCAUCACGGUGUUGUUGGGUUUCUCCAUCUGUAGCAGUGUAUCAUCUACUAAAACAGUAAAUAAUACUGUAAGUGUAAUCCAAAAACCAACGUUCCAAGAUUGUGGAAAUUAUAAACCAACGUUGAAAGAGGAACAGCUGCCGGGUACACCUGUUCUACGUGUGAACGCCUCUGCCGAACAAUCGCAAACUAUACAAUACAGCAUUGUAACCACGCCAGGUGACCAGGAGUUUUUUAGCAUUGACCAAACGACUGGUCAGAUCGUUUCGACGUUUAUUUUCGAUCGGGAUGCCCCUAUCCUAGACCAGGAAAUGUAUAUUACGGUACGAGCGACUAACAUUAUGUUCCCUAGUCUAUAUGAUGUUUGCAUAAUCAAGGUAACUAUUUUGGAUAUCAACGAUAAUCUACCGAUAUUCGAUAAAGACAUAUAUGAAGUGAUCGUGACGAAAGAUAUGAAGCAGAAUCAGUCCGUGACUUCCAUCACAGCUACAGACAUCGAUGAAGGUGAUAACAACGGCAUUCAUUAUGAGAUUGUACAGGAAGACGACGAUAGCAGCUACUUCGAGAUUGAUGAGAAUAACGGCUUGCUCAUGUUAGCUAAGUCUAUCGAUCGCGACCCAGGACAGUUUUAUGCGUUCCAUGUCCGGGCGUAUAACGAACGCUUAGAGGAAAACAACAAGCGACAAACAGAAGUUAAAGUAAUAGUUCACAUAGUUGACUCUACAAAUAGUGAGCCGUACUUCAUCAAGAUGCCAUUGGCACCCGUGAUAUUAAAUGAAACGUUUCAGGAUUUCAACAAGAUUCUGGCGGAAUUUGAAGCAGUUUCCAACGUUAAUGAUGAAAAUAUAGUAAUAUUUGAGAUACCUAAUGGAAAUUAUAAGCAGACAUUUCUAUUGGAGCAAAUCAACAAUACGGCAUACAUCAAACUUGGCAGAAGACUUGAUUAUGAAAUGGCAGCACAAUAUAUGCUCACAGUACAAGCGACGAACUCUCUUGGACUAAAUGCAGAAACAUUUUUGAGGAUUACGAUCAUAGAUGAAAACGACAACACCCCGGAAUUUAUAGGAGAAACAAAAGGAACAGUUCUAGAACACCAGCUGCUUGGAACAUUUGUAAUGCAAGUGCAUGCUCGGGAUCGUGAUGGCACGGCGCCCAACAACGUUGUAUCCUAUCGACUAAGGAGUAGCGAUGAAGAGUUUUUCCAAAUCGAUAAUCAAAAAGGCAUUAUCACGACGCGGAAGGAAUUCGAUCGUCAGACAAAUGAUGCUUACAUGGUGACAGUGAUUGCUGAGGAUAGCUCACCAUCUGCGUUAUUUAACAACGGGGAACCCAAUAAAGUGACACAACGCUUAUUGAUUCGAAUUGUGCCAAACGAACGAAGGAACGACUACAAACCACAGUUUAAGCGAAAAAUAUAUGCCCUGGACUAUCUACCAGAAAACGCCAGCAUUAACACGAGAGUGAUUAAAGUCACAGCCAAUAGCCAACAACUAAAUUCGCGUAUAAAGUAUAGCAUUAUCAAGAAUAACGUGGCAGACGUGUUUAAAAUCGACGAGAAUACAGGAUUGAUUUCGGUAAACAAUCACUUGUUAGACUACGAAACAAUUCCGGAAUAUAAGUUAAUCGUAAAGGCGGAUGACGGACUCUACUAUAAUACUGUGAUCGUAUGGAUCAGGAUUGGAAACGUAAAAGAUAACGCAGAAGAAGUUGAGGAUCGUCCUCCGGGUGCAAUGGAUGACGAAGACCAAAACGACUCAACAUUUCUUAACAGGAUCGAUCCAGAAGCCCGUUCAGAAAUCAAGCAACGAUUUCAAGUAGAAGACGAAUUGCAUGCAUCAACUCAGUUUGACCACGAGGACCAAAAAGAGUAUGAAGUUCCCAUCAAGAACAUCGAUUCAGCAGUGAUUGAUGACGAGAAUGAUAACAAGAUGAAACAAGCUGAGAGCCAUAUAGUUGUCAACAAAUACAAAGGAAUGUUAUCUGAUAUGAAUAUAGGCCGUGUACAUAUCAUCGAUUCAGAUGAUUGGGAUUUGUCUGACAAAACAUUUCUUUGGGACAAGGCGACAAGUGCAGAAACUUUGAAGUUUUUCAAACUGAACAAUAACACCGGUAUGAUAACAAUGUUGAAAGAUAUAUCGUGCGGUCAGUAUGAUCUUCGGUUCCACGUGACUGAAAAAUCGGACCACUUUUCUCAGCACCAUGUAUCAGCUGGAGCAACAGUGUUGGUGAAGGAGAUCUCCAAAAAAUCCGUAGACCAGAGCGGGUCAAUCCGAUUCUACAAUGUUACGGCAGAUGUUUUCGUAUCUCAAACACCGGGUCAUCUCGGCACACCUCUUAAUCGACUUCAGAAGAGCAUUGCAACCAUUCUAAAAGCCAGCCCAAACGAUGUGGACAUAUUCACGAUCAACAAUCGAAAGCUCGCCCAAGGUACUUUCCUGGACGUGUUCUUUGCCGUCAGCGGUAGUGUUUACUCAACCUCCGAGCUCCUCAAUAGCGUACUAAGCUUUCAUCUCCACCGAUUGGAGGAAGACGUCGGAUUUCCGAUUGAGAUGAUAGGCAUCGACGAAUGCGAGUUGAAAGCUGGCACUUGUGAGCAGUCAUGCAGGAAUAAGGUGUAUGGAUCGUCCAAACCAAUCGUCAUCAACGCCAAUGCAAAUUCGUUUAUAGGAAUAACUGCAUUCGUACAGCUGGAAUGCAUUUCGGAUACAUCGCCAUCACAGCUCGCAUGUUUUAAUGGAGGCACGCAUAUUGGUAAUAGGUGCAUAUGUCCAAAUGGUUUCGAUGGUCCACAUUGUGAAAUGAUAGACAUCAGUUUUAAUGGCAACGGUUACGCCCUUUUUCCAACGAUCAUCAGUGACAAUAUUACAAACAUUAGCGUUGAGAUGUUACCUCAACAGACAGACGGUUUGGUGUUGUACAUUGGACCCAUGAGCUACAAUACGCGUGUUACAACACAACCAUUUGUUGCAUUGGAGAUCGUUGACGGCAGAUUUGUAUUGCUGUUAGACGAUGGAACUGAAGCGAUCCAAAUCGAGAAUCAACAGGUUAUCUCCCAAAACGAUGCAUUGGCAUUGGAUAUUGUGUUUAAGCUUCAGUCUAUUGAGAUGAGUCUAGUCAUAAAUAAGUUGAUUAUUAAUAGGAGUCGAUACGAAUAUAAAGAUUUCAAAGGAGUUCUAAAUACUAAUGGGCAUGUACAGUUAGGAAAGACAGCAAUCGAUUUGAAUAAGCUUGGGUCACUGUACAACUGGACUGCCACAAACAAGAGGUUACAGUGGUUGUUUGCGUAA